AUGACCGAAGUCGGCGGACGCAGAAGCUUCAAGGUGUUCGGCCAAGAGUUCAUUGUCGAUGCGCGGUACAAUGUCACCAAGGAGUUGGGCCAGGGCGCCUACGCGNCAGCACAAGCAGGCCACGACCCGAAAGAGCAGGUAGCCGUCAAGAAGAUCACCAAUGUCUUCAGCAAGCAGAUCCUGGCCAAGCGCGCCCUUCNNAUCACAUGUCUCUUCGACAUGGACAUCCCCGGCGGCCCGGCCAGCUACAACGAGGUCUACCUGUACGAAGAACUGAUGGAGUGUGAUCUGGCCGCCAUCAUUCGCAGCGGCCAGCCAUUGACCGACGCCCACUUCCAAUCCUUCAUCUACCAGAUUCUCUGCGGUCUCAAGUACAUCCACUCGGCCAACGUCUUGCAUCGCGAUCUCAAGCCCGGCAACCUGCUCGUCAAUGCCGACUGCGAGUUGAAGAUUUGUGACUUUGGUCUUGCCCGUGGCUUCAGCAACGAGCCCGACAACGUUGCUGCUGGCUUCCAGACCGAGUACGUCGCUACAAGAUGGUACAGAGCGCCUGAGAUUAUGCUCAGUUUCGCAGAGUACACAAAAGCCAGUAAGCCCUUCCUCAAGGGCAAGGACUACGUCGACCAGCUCAACCAGAUUCUCCACGUCCUCGGCACUCCAGACGAGAGCACUCUCCAGCUCAUUGGCUCCCCUCGCGCUCGCGAGUAUGUCCGCGGGCUGCCUUAUAUGCCUCGCAUUCCCUACCAGCAAUUCUUCNCCCGUGCCAACCCCGACGCCCUAGACUUGUUGGAGAAGAUGCUCGCUUUCGUCCCCGCAAAGCGCAUCACCACCGAAGAAGCCCUCGAGCACCCAUACCUUGCCAUCUGGCACGAUCCCAGCGAUGAACCCGCCUGUCCUACCAAGUUCGAUUUCCGCUUUGAGGUUGUCAAGGAGAUCCCCGAGCUUAGAACAAUCAUCUUUGACGAGGUCAGACGCUUCAGAGGUGAAGUGCGCGCUCCUCUCCAGCAGCAGCAACAACAGCAGCAGCAGCACUAUGGCGACUACCAACAACAGGCUGGCCAAGUGCCUAUGCCCGAUCAAUGGAAUCCUCGCCAAGCCGAGGACCCGCGUCCGCAGGCCCUGGGUGAGAGCACGACUGAAGGUCUCGAGAGGGAAUUGGAGUACGGCCUGGACGCUCAAUACGGCCAGCAGCAAAUGCGAUAA